AGCCACAGGGUUCAGAAAUGCGUUUAGUUGAACAAGAGCAUACGUAAAGUCAGUUACUCCACGACUUGGACACUUACAGUACCUGACAAUCAACACAUAAAUACAAAAAAACACAGAAAACCUCUGGGGCAUUGGGAUGUCCCUGCUCUGAGUCUUUUAGGGAUUUACCAUUGGUUUAACGCCAAACGAGGUAACCAAACAAGCAAAUAUCCUCCCAGCGCAAACAUGCCUGUCCUCAAGAACCUCCCUGCUCGGCUAAAGGCUGGCAGGUUUAGCAUGGACUUGGAGUCUGCGCGCAGCGAGUUUAUUCUCAGAAAAAUGAGUCUUAACCACAAUCCGUUUGAGGAGCCUGGCUCAGAUGAGGACUGGCCCAGGAGCAAUGGUGGCUCACUGCUGGAUGGUGUCGUUCCCCGGGACAGGAACCCGUUUGAGGAUGAAGAAGAUGAGAAUGAGGCAAACGAGGUGCGGCGUGGAGGCACUGGGAAAGGAAGUUCAAUUAAAGGCACGCUGGAACGCAUGAAGGGGGUAUCGCCACUUAAAACCCUGGGCAAACUGGGCAAGAACUUACGCUUGUCGGCCAGAGGCAAAGACAGGGAUGCUCCAUCGCCGCAGGGCUCUAUAGGUUCAGCAUCACCCAUGACGAAGAAGAAGAAAGGCAGACGGAGUUCAGAGGGGAGUCUGCUACGAAUUGCAGGGAGGUGUAAAGACCUCAAGGAGAGCUUGACCAAUGGUGACUUGAAUUCAGAAGCCGAUGCUGACUCGACCAGUCGUCGACUCUCUUUCCUAAAGAUGGUGGGCAAGGGCAAGAUGAAAAGGGAGUCUAUACAGGACUAUUCAUCACAGGGACCAGAAGAGGAGCCAGUGGAGGAGGUGCCAGAGGUCAAACCAAGGGAACCACUCUCAGUCUUGGAGAUCCUACAGUUGGUGACGAAACGAGAUUUGUUUUUGGCUGACACGCACAUCUUGGAGCUGGAGCAGGAGUGUAGGGAGGCCGAAUCUCCACCUGCCGAAGAGCUCACCAGCCCCAGCAGCAAAGACAGCAGCCGGCGCAAAGCCAAAGAUGUGGAGUUGCUCUAUGAGGCCCUGCAAAAAGAAUUGUGGGAAGUGGUAAGGGACUCUCUGCGUUCCCCCACUGCUGGACCCAACCUGGGUCUGGUGGUACAGGUGCUCCAGCAGGAAGAGCAAGCCGACCGGGACUGGGCUCAGAGCGAGGGGGCCGUACCUGGUGGCCCACGACCGAGGGAGUUUAAAAAACGCUGGAAGGAGGCAGUGUCAGAAUUGGCCGAUGCAAACUUACCCCAGCGUGGAGAAGCACAGGCGGGCGACUUGGCGGCCUAUCUGGAUAAGCUGAGGGUCAGAAUGGUGGAAGAUCUGGGAGCAGCUCGCCGCAAUGUGGUUUCUGUAUAUCCACCGGAGUACAACUCCUUUCAAGUGUACACACAGAGCUACCACCAGGCUGUCACUCGUCGUCUCCAACAUAUCGCUGACGGAGACCUGCAGAUCACUGACAUCUACUCAUUGCUAGACUGGCUCUACAACAUCUACAAUAGAGAUGUCCUUGGAACGGUCACCAUAACAACACCCAUUAACCUCAACCAGAUCGGCCCGCUGCUCCCGACAGAGACGGUUGAGAAACUGGAGCUUGACUGCCUCAACUCCGUCAGGGGGAAGGUGACCAAUGAACUGUCUCAGGUUCUGGAUGAGGAGGAAAAAAAAUGGCUGGACUCCCUGAAUGUUGAAGAGUAUCAGAUACCUUUAGCUCGUACUGUUAUUCAGAGGUUACAAGUGGAUCUCGAGAAAUCUGCAGCUAUUAACCGACAUUUAGGCUCACGGGUGGCUCAGUGCAGUCUCAAUGGAUUGGCAGAUUUCUUAUUCAGCUUUCAGAGAAAGGUAGAGAUGUUUCAUGAGGGACUGAUGAGCGGAUUUGGAGAAAAUGAAGAUGGAUACAUUGCUAAAACCAUCGCCCUUGUCAACUGCUGCCCACCCUUCAGGAGCUUUGUGGAGCGUUGUGGGCAGUGCGACCCCUCCACCAGUGAGGACUCCAUACGUAGAGCCAACACAUCUCUGGACAGGAUAGUCAACUUGAGUGUGAGAGUGCUGAACGACAGACUUUUCGAGCAUAUCAGGCCCUUCUUUGAUAAACUGAUUAAAAGGAAAUGGUUGAGCAACACUGAGCCAUUCGACCAAAUCGAGACCUGUAUUAAAGAGCAAUUCAAAAGGUUUCGCAGGAUGGACACUCCACCGUACGAGGUUUUGGUGGGAGAGGUGCACCGGCGUGUUAUGACAGAGUAUCUGCGGGCCAUUAUGAGGGGCAGAAUCAUCUGCACAUCACUCAAAAUGAGGAAGAAGAUGGCUGGCCGUCUCCGUGAUGAGGGAAAGCACCUUAAAACUCUUUUUACAGAGUUGGAAUCUUCUGCUUCAUGGCUUGACAGCGCCAUUCCUCACCUAUCAGAGAUCAUUCUCUUGGAAGACACGCCCUCCAUCCAAAUGGAAGUUGGCGUCCUGGUACGAGAAUUCCCUGACAUACGGAGAAAACAUGUGUCCGCUAUACUGAACAUCCGUGGGAUGACACGACAAACGGAGCGGCAGGAGAUUCUGGCUAUAGUGAAAGACAUAGAGAACAGCGACGGACCCGCCCGAAUGUCCCGUGACAGGGCUCUGUUCGCCGAAGUGCCCGUGACAUCAGAAGUACACUGUCUAAACUUGGGUCUGAGCCGCAUCGCCCUCACCACAUCAUCGUUUUUUUCCAGCAUGAGGAUCCGUCGCAGAAGGACUCAAGUCAGGGAGAACCCGGAUGAAGUGCUGUAACCCAUCACAAAAGCUCUCUGUGCUUCUUAAGAGGCUUUGGACAGACGCAGAUCGGCACGGGAUGCUGUUGCCGAGUCAGGACGAAAAAAAAGAGUUGGUUUUGAGAUGCUUGUGCAUUUCAGAUCUAUAAAAUAAGAACAUGACAGCACUACAGUUAUCUCGAUAUGAUCGUUCUUGUGAAUUUUAUAUUGGUCUGGGUGUGACAUGUUAUCAUCUGAUUGUAUAGUUCAAGGGUCAUUAAACUUUGACUGGACACAGAAAGCAGAAGUGAUAUUAAGCAAGCAUCUAUAAGAAAUGUAUUUCUGGAUUGUGAACCGCAGGGGUCAUGAGUGUAGGAGUGCGUAAAAAUCAUAACUACUGAUCGAAACACUGCUCAGUUUUGAGUAUUAGGAAUUGUUUUCUGUUCUCUUAAUCGUAACAUUUCUGAUCUUGGCUUUCUGACAGUAAUGAAUAUGAAUUAAAUGUUUAUUUCAUUUUAGUUGCACAUGACUGAAGACUUAUUUUAAGGUACUAUAAAAUCGCAGUUAUCUUUAAUCUUUGAAUUAUUUUAUCAUAUUUAAGUGUUUCAUGAUCGACUCAUCUGUUCUCUUAUCGAAUAAGAUGUGCUUUGUGUGAGAUUAUUCAGAUUUACAAAGAAAUCAAGAGGGACUAUUUAUAUAUCUCAUGACUUAUUUAUUGCACCAUUAAUUUCUUUCAAUAGUAAUAAUUAUAAAACAAUGGUAGCCAACCUAAACAACAACCACAAAGAUCAGUUAUUAAAUGUAUAAUUUUAUGACUUUAAAGAAACUAUGGUCAAUGUACAGCCAUAGAACU